AUGGCCUACCAAUUACCUGUCGUUGUCUUCGUUAUGCAGGAGGGCAUGACGCGUUGUUUCCUCACACGUGCCGAACCGAAGACUCUCGAGGAAGCCUUUGCCCUCACGCUAAAAGAAGAUUACACGGUCGCGUCGUCAUACUUGCACGCAGCGUCGCAACUUCCACGUAUGUCUGGCCCAGAGCCCAUGACAAUUGAUGCAUUUGAGGCAUCACGCGGUCGCGGCAAUCAAUUUGACCGCAACAUUCGUAGUCAAAACACGAUAAAGUGUUUUCGGUGA